AUGACUCUUUCUCCAGAAGAAUCUCAGAAGAUUUUAACGCAAAAGCUCGAGAUGCUCAAGGAUAAAAAGAAUGAUAGGAACAUGCAAUUCCUUCAGAAUUUAUCUAUUUCUUUAGAAACAUCACCUAAAAUUGAUGAUCCAAACUACGAUAGAGGAAGAGAAGCAGCAUUUCAAAAAGCAACUAUAGAAGGAGUUUACAAAGCCAAAGAAAUCAUGGAUGAACUCAAUAUCCAAUAUAUCAGGCAAGAAAAGCCAGCACAACCACAAGAAGAGAAGAAAGCAGAGCAGUAA